AUGUCUUGUGCCCAUUUUAAUUCCCCUUAUCAAGCAGAAAAGCGAAGAACAACUGAAAAUGUAGACAAUCAAAAUUUGGCGUCUGUAAAGAAGCCUAUUGAUUAUUCAGAUAUGGACCUUAUCCUUUUUCCUGAGGGAUCAUUAAAAAAUAUAAAUAACACAGUUGUAAAUGAGAAACAUUUAGUUGGUAAAUCAGUUGCUUUAUUUUUUUCAAAUGGAAGUGAUCCAAAAUGUAGAGCAUUUUUACCAUUUUUGCAACAGUAUUAUAAAACAAUAAACGAAGGAGGAUCCAGCCAAAAAAUCGAAAUUAUAUUUGUAAGUGUUGACCCUGAUAGAACGUCAUUUGAAGAUCAUAAAAAACAUAUGCCUUGGCUAUAUAUUGAUAUUGCUGACCCUUUAACAGAUAUAUUAAAAAAACAUUUUAGAGUUAUGAAUGCAUACGAAGUUCCUUUUUAUGGAUCAGGCCCAAGAAGUGAUGUUCCAUGUUUAGUCGUUAUAGGAAGUGAUGGAAGAGAGGCACAACUUUUACAUGUUUGCAGUGGACGAGAAGAAGGAGAAAAGGGUGUGUUAAGAUGGGAUUUCAGAAAUAAUAUUUAUUCUUUAAAUAAAAAAGGUUUAUAA